GGAUUUUUUUCCCUUUUACUUUGCGCUGCUCUCCUUCACUUUUUUUUUGUUGCUGUUGGGUUUUUUGGGGUAAUAGGUCUAAGUAAGGACAUGAAGAUCGCGUGGCGGUGAUGGGGAGGAGGAAGGGGACGUGGGUGGUCGCCUGCGUGUUAGCUACAGUCGCCUUUUGGACGUCGGGCGUGACGGGCUCGCCGGAGCCGUCCGAGUCGUCCGUCGUCACGGCCGCGCCCGGCGACAUCGUCCACCUUCCGUGCUACUCGGAGGGCUCCGUGAUGCCUUCGGAGGCGCGCUGGCUCAAAGACGGCAUCGAGGUGGAGCCGGGCGGCGGCGGCGGCAGCGGUGAGCCGCGGGUGCAGGUGCUAGGCGACGGCAGCCUUUAUUUCCCAAGGGUGGCGGAGGGCGACGAGGGGGUGUACCGCUGCGAAGCCACGCUUCCUGGGAACAUGACGUGGCGUGCGCGUGUCCUGCUGCAGGUAGCCAGUGGUCCAGAGAACGUGUCGCUAUCCAUCGUCCCGUCCACGGCGCUGCCCAACGGCACGUUGGUCACGCACCGUGGCACCAGCGUGUCCUUCCACUGCACCGCCGCCUCGUACCCGUCCCAGAGUCUCACGUGGAGCUUCGCGGGGACGUUGGUGGACGCCGCUGGCGGGACCCCCUUGGCUUCCGCUCCCGCCGCGCCCUGGCUGGACUUCAGGGUGAAAGACAUCCAGCCUGAGGCGCAGGGUUUCUAUAUCUGCCUUGCCAACAACACGCUGACGCACGUCGUCGCCAGCACCAGUGCGCAGCUGCUCGUCUACUCGUCGGCCCGCGCGCCGGAAAAAAAAGCCGCUUGCUCUUUUACACUUGAGGCGCCGCGUCCCCAUGCUUCUCCGCUGGUGUGGGCACAGGAGGGCAACAGCGUGACGCUGGCAUGUAGUGAGUCGGCCUCGGUGCCGCCCGCCAUCACCACUUGGUCUCGAGGGGCGGAAGGGGCGGCGCUGGCGCCCAGCCCCAAGCACACCCUGAGCUGGGACGGCGCCACCUACAGCCUGACCAUCGCCAACGUCAGCCGCAACGACGUCGGCACCUACUUCUGCCGCAGCGAGAACGCUCUGGCGCUGCGCCGGGCCGAGGUGUAUCUCAGCGUCACUGUCGCCUCUGACUACACGGGCGUCAUCGUUGGCAUCUUUGUCUCCGUGCUCAUUGUGGGCCUGGCGGCCGUCACGGCCAGACUGCUCUUCGCCAACAGACAUCGCAUCUGCCUCGGGCGACCUUUCGGGUCCUCGGACGGCGACAGAGGUGAUGUGCUGAGUCUGGUGGAAUCUGACGAAGAGCAGAUCUUCCAGGCCGUCCCGCGCCUCCCGCCAGUAACGGACCCCCACCCGACCACGCUGGUCCAGGUCCAUCGCCUCCCCUCCGGUGAGCAGGAGGACACAGGAAACCCGGAGGCCAGGGAGGAGCCUCCGGACCUGGUGACUCUCUAGGAGUUAGCUGCUUUGAUUGUCGUGUGCCUUUUCUCCCAGUGAGUAUGUGAGUGUCAAUGUUGGUGUGGAACGAUGGCAUAAACAGUGCAUGGGCACUGCACCACAAGAACGUCAACUUGCGUAACGCGUGCCUGCAUUAUCGCCUUCAGAAUGCAACUGAACAGGAACGUCAAUGCCUGUCAUUGUUCACAUUUGUAUAUUUGGAGACUAAAAGGGUUCAAGGUGGAAUUUUUGUACAUACAAUAAAUAGUUUUUAUGUUGAUAUUAAAAUGUGUACAGCCAUCAACCAGGUUUUAGUUAUUUUUAUGGUUAUUAAAGCUGGUGUGUAUUUGUUUA